UUUGGAACGCCAACAUGUAGAUCGCGCAUGUGCGUAAAUUAAAUGGUAGUACAUUUUUAAUAAAGGGUUUUUGUUCAUACUUCUUAACAUGUAUUAUUGUAUAUUAUUCAUUUAUAAACAAUAUGUCACUCUUUACCAAAAGAGUUUGUAAAUUGCACGAUUGCGGAGCAUUUGCGGUGCGGGGUAUAGCACAAAAGGUUGUGGUAGAUUUUAGUCCAUGCGCAUGUGGUCCGCGCUCUCGACGCUCUGUUUGUCCGUGGAUCAAGAGCUCUAUCUCGUUCGCGAUUACAUAGCUGUACUUGUCUUGGAUACCAAAUGGCACCGCGAAAAAGGCGUAAAGUCUAUCUCGACCCUGGAUCAAGCAGCAGCAUGCCGAAGUCUACAAAGUGGCUCCUUCACCAUCCACUUGGCGCCGCUCCGCGAACACCAAAAGGUCACAAGUCGCCUAUGACAUCAACGAGAUCGCCAACAUCGCCAGCAAACUCUCUCGAGGACCAAAUCUGUGAUGAGUCUACAUACACAGACUUAACCCGAGAGAAGGACAGUGAUGAAGACUGCAGUGACUUUAGUGAUGGUGAACACCCAACUUCCGAUGCAUCUUUCUCCCAACCGGUGUCCGCGGACGAAGACUGUUUGCCGGGCGAACAUAGUGCGUGUCCGAGCGGUGAUCCGAAAGAUAUAGAUGCUGAUGAACUCUGUGAACCAUUCAUUGAAGGUGGAACAGUCACCCGAGGAGAUGCCUAUAUGCUGCUGUUGGACUUGGCAAUUAAAUUUGGCCUAUCCUGGGCUGCAAUUGAAGAGAUUCAGAAGCUUUUCAACAACCUCUUGGAGAAGAAAUGUUUUCCGGAAAGCAAAUACCUCUUUAAGAAUUUUUGUGGAAUUGACAUGAAGGAUGUGACUUUCAAUUUUUACUGCGCAGAUUGCAAGCAUCUGCUUGCUAAAACAACGGGAUGCCUAGAGCAGCGUCAAAAACUUGAAGUCAAAUGUACAGUCUGCAACACAAAAUAUGUAGGCCGUGAUCUUGUGCGCACAGGCAGCUUUUUUGUAACUUUGCCAAUUGAGAAGCAGCUGAUGGCAAUUCUUUCUAGCAAGACAGCCAACACUGCGCUAGCAGCAAACCUCAGCCGGCCACAGAGCAGUAAUGGCUUAAUGACUGACAUCUUGGAUGGCCAUCAAUACCGCACUGCACGUGAAAAGGUUGGGAUGGCUACUCAUGAUUUAACAUUGACUGUGAACAGUGAUGGCAGUCCUGUGUUCAAGUCGUCAAAGUACAGCAUAUGGCCUGUGCAAAUAAUUUUAAAUGAAUUACCACCCCGGCUGCGUUGGAGCAAUGUAAUGGCACCACUCCUGUGGUAUGGGCAUCAGCAUCCAAAUAUGCCAAUGCUGCUGCAGGCAUUUGUGCAUCAACUGGAGCAGCUAAAUGCAACUGGUAUCACGUGGACACUUGCUGGCACACAAGUACGCUCCAAGGUUUUCUGCAUAUGUUGCUGUGCAGAUGCACCUGCCAGAGCUGCAAUGCAACAAAUGGUCCAGUUCAACGGUUACUUUGGUUGUAGCUGGUGCUACCAUCCAGGAACCAAUGUACAAGGCAAGUCCUAUGCCACUCUUGGCUCUUUUGCUGUGGUCAGAAGCUGGACCAGUUAAAAUACA